GUGGACUCAGCGCUACGUCAGCAGUGAUACCGAAACAUGGCGGUGUCCAUAGUGCGGCGCCCGGUUGCCAAUGCUGUUAUGUUGAUAUUAACUUUUCUCGCAACGUUACUAUUCCACCGCAGUUUCGCCGAUAUUGCCGCAGGUGCCUCGACGUCAGAAGAGACGCCUCACCGCCGGUUUGAGUACAAAUACAGCUUCAAAGGACCGCACCUGGCUCAGACAGACGGCAGUAUCCCCUUUUGGAUCCACACUGGAAAUGCUAUUCCUAGUGCAGACCAGGUGCGGAUUACACCAUCCCUCAGGAGUCAGAGGGGCUCUGUGUGGACAAAAAACAAAGUCAACUUUGAACACUGGGAGGCUGAGGUGACCUUCAGAGUAUCUGGAAGAGGCAGAAUGGGAGCAGACGGUUUGGCUGUGUGGUUCACAACUUCGCAAGGCCUCGACGGUCCAGUGUAUGGAGCCGCCGACCGGUGGAAUGGAGUUGGAGUUUUCUUUGACUCUUUUGACAAUGAUGGAAAGAAAAAUAACCCAGCCAUAAUUGUUGUGGGAAACAAUGGCAACCUUGUUUAUGACCAUCAAAAUGAUGGCACCACACAGGCCCUUGGCACAUGUUUACGAGACUUCCGCAACAAACCAUAUCCCGUCCGAGCCAAAAUAACCUACUACAAGCAGACACUGACGGUGAUGAUCAACAACGGUUUCACUCCAGACAAAGAGGACUAUGAGUUCUGCACAAAGGUGGACAACAUGGUGAUUCCCGCUGAGGGCUUCUUUGGCAUCUCAGCUGCCACUGGUGGUCUAGCAGAUGACCACGAUGUGUUGUCCUUCUUGUUAUUCAGACUCACAGAGCCAGGCCAGCAACCGCCCCCACCUGAAUCUGAGAUUCCUAAAGAAGAGAAGGACAAGUACCAGGAGGAAUUUCAGAACUUCCAGCAAGAGCUCGACAAAAAGAAAGAGGAGUUUCAGAAAGAGCACCCAGACGUCCAAGGAGAGCCAAUCGAGGACUUGUACGAGAGCGUGAAUGACCGAGAGAUACGUCAGGUGUUUGAAGGCCAGAACCGGAUCCAUCUGGAGAUCAAACAGCUCCACCGGCAACUAGCUAUGAUCCUGGACGAGCAGCGCAGAUACGUCUCUGUUAUCACUGAUGAGAUUUCCAAGAAGGGGACGAACGCCGAGUCAGGACAGGUGGAUUCUGCCAGUCCCCAGUUGGGCUCUGUCUUAGCCACCCAGCAGGAGGUGCUCAGAAACCUGAACGAGCUGAGAAACUCCUUUCAUGAGUCUCUGAAACAGAUCGGCUCAGCCCAGCACCAGGGAAAUGCAGCUGGUAUGGGAACAUAUGAGACCAUUCAGCACUUCAAUGACAUCAAGGAACAUCUGCACACAGUCAAAAGGGACGUGGAGCACUUGGUGCAGCGUAAUGCUCAGAAUCCUGCUGAGAAGAUCAUGAAGUGCCCUGAGGUGCCUGCAAUGCCUUCCUGCUUAUCCACUGUUCAUUUUGCAAUCUUCAUCGUCGUCCAGUCAGUCCUGUUCUUCUGCUACAUCAUGUACAAAAGUCAACAAGAAGCUGCAGCAAAGAAGUUCUUUUGAUGAAACAUACUGUUUUUCUGAAAUGAGCGUGUGUAAAUGAGGGAAUGUCCAUUUUGUUAAUUUUUUUUUUGGUUUGAUUAUUUUCAGAUUGUAAGUUAUUGUAUUUGAAAAAUUUGGUUAUGUUGAAUACAUUUUUUAAAUGAAAUGCAGAUUUUUAAUUUGAUCAGUAAAUCAUUGAUGUACGGAUGCUAGUGUGAGACUUUUUGUUCUGGAUUUCCAACAUUGAUGUUCAUAUGUUCCUUGCAGUAUUUUUGGUUGGUCAGAUCCUUAGAUUUUGUUUUCAAAAGCUGAAAUCUGCCAUAGUCCCAUUCCAUGAAACUGAACUGACGACAAAAAGAACCUGUGUUUUGAAAUGUGCAAUUUUGUAUAAAAUAAUGCUGAACUAUUGGUGAUGAAAACUCAAGAGAGCAGAUGUCUGCUUCCGUUUAUCUGUUUUGAUUGAGUCAAACAUGUCAGAAUCUGACAUAUCCUCUACCUGAACAAUUUACAUAAACUGAAAACAUAAAUUA